AUGUCGGACGUGCAGGCGCUGGUGAACUACUACGCCCGGGCCGGGUACGGGCGGCAUGUUCAGACGGUGUGCGGCGAGGCACUCCGCUCGAGGCCGGGUGACCCCACGCUCUCGUUCUGGCGCGCGUUCGGGCUGAUCCUCGAGGGUUCGUACUCGGAGGCCAUCGCGCAGCUCGAGUCGCUCAUGGAGCGCCGCGAGAUCUCCCUCGCGUGCGUCGCGGCGAGCAUCCACGCGCACAAGAUGGCGAGGAUCGUGGACGAAGAGAGCGUCGACGCCCUGGAGGACCGGAUGCAUCGCGAGGAGGGGGACGCCAACGAGCGCGCGCUGCUCGCGUGCGCCAACUUCUACGCCCUCGCGGGCGGGCCCGACUCCUGGCGCGCCAGAGGAAUGGCCGAGCGCGCGCUUCGAAUGGCGCGGGGCGACGGCUUCGACGCCAAGACCCUGCUCGGAACCACCGAGAACGAUCGCGCCAGGACGCGAAAGGCCAAGCGCUGGUUCGACGAAGUCCUCGACACCGAGGAGGGCGAGGGGCACCUCGAGGCGCUGAUGGGACGGGUCAAGGUGAUGGAACGUUUAGGUCAGGUGGCCGGCGCGCUGGACGCCCUCAACCGCGUCGCCGUCAUCCACCCCUCCUUCGUACCCGCCGUCGCGGAGAAGGCCAAGAUGCGAAUGCGCGCCGGGGACUGGGACGCGGCGCUGGAGACGGCGCAGGGGAUCCUGGAGCGCGAUCCCAAAAACAUCGACGCGCUCAGGCUCCGCGCCUUCUACCUGCUCGGCGUCGAGGGUAACGCGGCGGCGGGAAGGGCCAUGAUUGGCCAACUGACGGACGCUCUCGAGUCGCUCGAGGGUAGAAACGCGCGUCUCUUCGUGUCAUGCUCGCGGGACCUCGCGAGGGUGGCGGGGGGUACGUCGACCACGCUGAGCGCGUUGGGUAGGAUGCUGGAGCGGGCGAGGGCGAUCGAGCCGCAGGACGUGGACGUGUUAAACGAGGUGGCGUACCAGCAACAGCUCGCGGGUAACUACGCCGGAGCCGUCGGAACGUACCGGGAGGCGGCGCGGGUCGCCGAAAUGGACGGAACCCUCGACAACCUCGACUCCCUCUACGGGACCAUACACUGCCAGCUACUCGACGGGCAGUUGACGGAGGGGGGGCAGCAGCUCGAGUUUCUGACGGACGUCGCGUCGGAGCGCGGGAUUAAGCUGGUGUUUCUUACCGCUCUGCACGCGGCGAGGGUCAAAGGCGACGUGGCGACUCCCCUGGCUGAGCUAGAGGGGCUCCUGGCGGAUCACACGGCGUCGGUGCAACGCAAGCCGUUCGCGUACGAUUACUUCGUUCACAUGGACCCGGACCUGCUUCUGCAGUGCGCGGAGCUGUACCUGUCGCAGGAGAGCGGCGAACCGCGGGGUAAAGGUGAGCCGAUGAGCCCCGGGAUGGAGCGCGCCACCGCGCUGCUGGAGGCGGUUUGCGGGAAGGCGCCGGGGCUCCUCUCCGCGCAGCUGCUGCUCAUGCGCACGCGAUACGUCGCCGGCGCGCACGACGCGGCGGCGCGCACGGCCGAGUCGCUGCUCGAGAUGGACCAGGGAUGCGCCGACGCCCACCUCGUGCUCUCGAGGAUCCAUCUGUCCAAGGGUGAUCACGCUGCGGCGCGCGCGGCGCUCGACGAAGCCGUCGCCAGCGAUUUCAAGGUUCGCGAGUCUCCGAUGUUUUCCAUCAUCAGCGCGCAGUGCAAGGUGUCGGACGGUGACCUCGAGGGAGGGCUCAAGGAGCUCGAGGCGGCGAUGAAGCUCCCGGGGGUGCGCGCCCCGCUCACCGCGCGACAGGAGGAGGAGGCGAGACGCAAGAAGACGAUCCCGGUCUCUGUGCAGGACCGGGCCACCGUCUUCAUCAUGCUCGCGGAGGUGCUCCACAAGCUGGAGCGCGCCGCGGACGCCGAUGCGCAGCUCAAGACGGCGACGUCGGAGUUCGCUGGGACACCCGAGGAGGUCCGGGUGAUGAUCGCGAGUUGCGAGAUGGCGAUGGAGAAGGGUGGCGACGGCGAAGAAAAAGCGCUCACGCUCCUCUCACGCGUCACCCGGGAAUCGCCCCACUACGCCAAGGCCAAGAUGGCACUCGCGAGGAUCUACCUGGAAAAACGCAAGGAGGAGGAAAAAUACAUCCACUGCUACCAGGAACUCGCGCGAGAGAUCAACGACACCAAAUCAUGGGCGGCGCUGGGAGAGGCGUUCAUCACAAUCUGCGAGCCUGAGUACGCUAUUAAUGCGUAUGAACACGCAGCUACUCUGGAUAAAACCAACGAUCCAGCGUUCAAGCGCAACAUGGCAAAGGCGUACGUCACCUGCCUUUUCUUCAAAGCCGCGGUGGAGUACAUGGAGAAGGAAUGUCGUAAGGACCCGGACGCUAUAGACCUUCAGAUGGACCUAUCCGCGCUGUAUAUCCGCCUGAAGAAAUUUGGCGAGGCUGAGGAUUGGCUCGCCAAGCUGGUGAACCGGCUCGAAAACGCGGUGGACACCGCGUCCCUGGAGCGAGGAGUGGAGUGCGCGCGAAUGCUCGCGAAGGUCUGCGAGGGGAUCAAGGACCGCGAGGGUCGGAUAGAGUCCCUGACGCGUGCGCACACGAUGCGAAAGUCGCUCGUGUUGAGGGCCAGAGCUGACCGGGAAGAGUACAAAAAACAGAUUGGUCUCAUGUCGGAGCUCUGCGUGGAGAUUGCGGGGUUGCACCAGGCGCGCCACGACGUCAAGUCCGCUCUCGGGUUCUACGAAGAGGCGCUCAAGAACGAUAGAACCAACGUGCCCGCGCUGUUGGCGCUCAGCAGGAUGAGGCUCAACUCUGGGGAAAUUGAUGCGUGUCAGCAGUCGUGCUCCGAAGUUCUCAGGUACGACGCGGACAACGAAGAGGCUUCGCUGAUGCUUGCCGAGCUUAUGUUCCAAAAGGAAAACUACGAAACCGCGAUUUACCACUUCUCGCAGCUGCUCGAGAAGAACCCCUGCAACUACCGGGCGUUGGCACAGCUUGUGCAUCUGUUGCGGAGGUGUGGUCGGCUUGACGAAGUUGGAAGGUUCAUCAAACUUGCGCACUCGACCUCCGAGUCGCCUCAGUACGACUGCGGCCUCAACUACUGCAAAGGACUCGUCUCCAAGUUCGAAAACAAGCCCCAGGAUGCGCUGCGGAGUUUUAACCUGUCCAGGAAGGACAUUCAGUGGGGUCCAAACGCGGUUUACAGCAUGGUUGAGAUUUACCUGUCGCCCGAGUCGACUGACCUUUGGGACGAGGAGGCGAUGAUGGACGGAGGAGGGGAUGAUCAGGCGAGGGUAGCCGCCGCGGAGUCACUCCUCGCGGAAGUGCACCCCAACCGGCGUGAGGAGCCCAGGCACGUAAUAUUGGAGUGCUACGCGCGUAUGAUGAGCAAGAGUCAGCACGGCAUUGCAGAGGCGUUGAACAUCCUUGGCGACAUAAUCAUCCAGGAGCCGAAUAACGUUCCGGCGGUCCUCGCGGUGUGCACCUGUCACAUGCUCUUGCGCCAGGUGCCCAAGGCGAGGAAUCAGCUGAAGCGGGUGGAGAAAAUGCCGUACAACGCCUCGGAAGCAGACGAGUUCGAACGGUCGUGGCUCAUGAUGGCGGACAUCGAGGUGCAGGGGAAGAAGUACGAUCACGCCAUCGACCUCUGCCACAAGUGCCUUAAGUACAAUAGGAGCUGCGCGAAAGCAUGGGAGCUCAUCGGACAGGUUUGCGAGUGGGAGCAGAACUACGUCGAGGCGUCGGAGAACUACGAAAGGGCGUGGCAGUUCUGCGGGAUGUCAAACCCCAGGGUGGGUUUCCGGCUGGCGUGGUGCCACCUAAAGUCGAAGAGGAUGGUGGACUGCAUCGAUGUCUGCAAAAAGGUGCUGAGCGAGCACCCGGACUAUCCAAAGAUCAAAAGAGACAUCCUGCAGAAGGCACAGGCGGGUUUGAGGCCUUGA